UGAACCCUAAAAGACUAACAGUGUCCAAUAGAUUAAGAGGUAAGUGUAAUUAUGGCAACUGGUAACCUUCAUAGGUCCUCAGAACCAUAGCAAGGUACAUAAAUUAGCAGUUGAUAUGAAAGUGUCGUCCUCAAAACCCAAAUUUGGGAUGAAAAUGGUCAACUCUAUCAAGAAAAUCAGUAAUAGACCUUAUGCUUCAGGACCUAAUGAGGACCUCAAAAGCUCGAAAUUUCCUCAAAAAUCAGCAAAGAUUUUUCAAUUCCCUCCCUCCAGAACUAGCAUGGAGAUUUGUAACACCAUCGACUCAGGUUCUAAAAAAGAAGAUCUGCAAAUUAUAGGACGGUCUAAACUCUCUGCAGAAGAGGUACUUCCAAGAGCCAAACCAUCUACAGCUAUUGGGAUGAAACGAGUGGGCAGCAUGCCCCAGCUCCAUAAUUUUAGAAAAUCGAAGUCUAGACGAAUGAAAAGAGUUGAUAAAAUGACCUAUGAAGAUAUCAAUGAACUUAGUAAGAGAGUUCUCAUAGAAGACCUACAACGAAAAUGGAUUAAGAGAGAAAGAGCCUCGAUGACUCAAAGAGAGUCCCAAAAAUAGACAGAUAUUAAGUUCUAACGAAGCAGGAUAUGCAGACCCUAUCUCACUAAUUGCUAAAAAGGAUUAUUUCAAAAGACUUGGCAUGCAAUAUAAUUAUGGAGAAGGGAAAUAAGCUGAGUCUCAAUGUAAAAUCAAUCUUUGACAGAAUGGCUAAGUCGAAUCUACUGAAAAAGGAGAGCAAAACUAUUGAUAAGAGGAUCCAUAGUUCGUUCGGUCGCAAGUCUAGCCACUCAAAUAGCGAUAAAAAGACCAUAUUCUCCAAAAGAAAGGGGUCAGCAACCUCAAGGUAUAACCCAGAUUACUCCCCACAGAAGAUUUCUCAAAUAAACUACGGUGAAAAUUUUACUAAAAUGCUGAAAGAGACGAUCAUCAAGGAUAUUCAGAGUGACGUGUUCAGAGAGAUGGCCCAGGCUGAAGGAGGGGUGCCAAAAGCAAUGAGAAAUUCCUACUUGCCUUCAAACUUCAGGUCUACCACCAAAGCGAUCCCAUUGACCAAGAAAAUUAAUAACAAGAUUGAUUUGCACAUCCAGAAACAUCAUUUGGUAUUGGAGAAGUGAAUAUUGGACAGAGCCCAGGUGCAGAAUAUGGUUGAGUCAGAAAGCUCGACUUAGAUCUCUGGAUAACAAGAGAUAAACCACCAUUUGUAAUGCU